GCUCUGUGGCGGUGCCUCCUGAGAGGCCGGCCUGACCGCAAGGGACCGUUCUCAGCCUUCUGAGAUGUGGGCCACCGGUGGGCGCUGCAGCGCCAGGACUCCAGAUUGAUUACAGUGAUAGAAAGACUAAUCUCUAGCUAGUUUCUGGGUUUUGGUUCGUCCUUUGAUUUUCCUUUCCACUGGUUACAAUCACAAAUAGAACUUUCUCUUUAGCAGUGGAAAUAUAGCAGAGCUGGGAUUUCAUUCAUCACGUGGUGGGACAGCUAGUACCAGGAAAAUGUUCAAGUCCAGUCUCUGCCCCAUCGCCAGCCAGAGCUGGACCGGCUCUUGCUCUCUUUUCUCAGAGUGCUGGAUUUGAGAAUUGUCGGAUGGUGCACCUGGUGGGUUAGAACCCGAGCCCUGAGUUUAUUCACGAAUUGUCAGCUCCUCAGGUUGAGCUCAGUGCUCUCGAGGAGUGCAGGGGGUGCUCGUGCUCUUGUUCUGGCCCCAGUGAUCAGACUCCGUGUAAGUGAUAUCUUCUAGUUACAUCUUCCUUUUUUUAAAGUUCGUUUUAUUUAUUUUGAGAGAGAGAGCACACGCGAGCAGGGGAGGAGCAGAGAGGGGAAGAGAGAGCGAGAAUCGCAAGCAGUCUCUGAGUUGUCAGCUGGAGCCUGGCUCAGGGCUCAGUCCCACAAACCGUGAGAUCAUGACCUGAGCCGGAACAAAGCGUUAGCUGCUUAACCUGCUGAGCCAUCCAGGCACCCUGGUGUGUUACAUCUUCUUUGGCAUCUGUCACCCGCAGUGGCCAGGCCAAGCCUGCUGGUCCAUCAGGCUGCGUGGAUGGGCUCCUCUCAUGAGUGAUCACCCCCAGGCUUGGAGACAAACUUUUCCAGUCACAGGAGACCAUGUUUCAGUGAAGAGUAUACAGUAGCUUGAUUCCCUUCUCUGCCCCUUAGAGAGGAGUCUUGGCGCUGGUCUGGGAGCUCCAGCCCCACCUUCUCCUGUUACCCACGGAGGGGUAGGGUGACUGGGCCACUGGGGAAGCCACCCCCCAGCUGUGGACAGGUUGCUACAGGAUGAGAACAUGCCUCCUCUCUCCUAGAGCGGUGCUUUUACAAGCACAGAGCUCUGGGGCAUUUGGCUGGGCCGUUGUCCUUGAGUGGCAGAAUGUGUGUCUUCUGAGGAGUCCGUUGACCUGAGCCGAAGUCGGACGCUUAACCGACUGAGCCACCCAGGCGCCCCACACUUUGUGCUUUUUAAAUUUUCUAUAAGUGCAUAUUAUUCUCUUUACCAGCAGUGGAAAAACACUUCUUUAAAAAUGUUUAUUUACUUACUUUCUGGAGAGAGAGAGAAAGGGCAGGUGAGGGGCAGAAAGAGAGAAUCCCAAGCAGGCUCCAGGCUCAGGGCAGAGUCUGACACAAGGUUCAGUCCCAGAACUGCAAGAUCACAACCUGAGCUGACAUCAGGAGUCGCGAGGUUUACCUGACUGAGCCACCCAGGAGCCCUGAAAAAACACUUCUGAAUGAUAAAUAGCACGUGCUGAUCUUCCUUCCUCCCUCCCUUCCCUUUCUUCUUAUUGUAAAUCUUGAUUGCUUCAGAAAAGUGUAAAGAAGGAAAUAAGUUACCCAUGUCGCCACCAGCCAGUCGCUUCUCUGCAAUUAAGUAUACUUUCUUUGGGGAAGAGGCAGGGGCAAAGUCGGAAUUAAACCCUCUGGUUUGUAUUGUCUUUUCUCCCAUUUUCUUCCUGGCAGAUGCACUCAGAGGUUAUGUAACUUGGUGUUACUGCUGUUAAUUUUUAGCCCAGGGCCUGCCACCUUCCUGCUCAGCCAGAUCUUGCUGGUUGGGGUUGAUCGACCCAAGGAGGAGCCCCUGGAUGUCUGUGUUGGAAAGUCACAGGAAGUGUGAAGGCUGGUGCCUGUGAGAUGACAUUUCCUGCUAGUGCUGUGGUUUCCCUUUGGCUCAGAAAUCUGUAAACACAGCUGUCCGUUUCCUGCUUUGUCCACUUGGGAAAGCAACAGCACGGUGUGGUGGAGCGGGUGCUGGCCCUGACCCACAUGCGCUUGUCCAGGGAUACACAUUGGUCUCCAGACCUUCAGAGUUUGUUUCCCCUCCUGCAGACUGCAUGGUUGUGUCCAGGUUACUGUGAGCAGGUGCCUCCGCGGGGCUAUGUCACCUUCAACAGCAGUGAUGAGAAUCCCCUGGAGGCGGGCGGCCUCUGCUACAGGGACGUCACCUCCCCUAUCAAUGACCGGGAUGUGGAGAGCAGCAGCAGCAGCAGUCGGGAGGAGCACGCCUUCUGUGCCAACCUGGGGGUCGCAAGGCGCAGCAGCAGCAGUGAGGGCCUGGCGAGAGCCCCAGGAGUCAGCAGUGAGGCCUCUCUGGAGAGCAACGAGGAUUCGGAUCAUGCGUGUCAAAGCUCGGUUCGCAAGCAAACUAAAAGUUACAUGAAGACCAAGAAUCGUUACAGCAACAGUGACGGCCAGUGGCCCGCCAGCACUGGGCCAGCUGGUGCAGCCUGCUCCCCAGGAUCUGUUUCCCAGACGGAGAGGUCUCUCUGUUCAGGACCCCAGGACCUCGCCACACUGCUGGAGCAGAUUGGGUGUCUCAAGUACCUGCAGGUGUUUGAGGAGCAGGACGUGGACCUCCGCAUUUUCCUGACCCUCACCGAGAGUGACCUGAAGGAAAUCGGCAUCACCUUGUUUGGGCCUAAGAGGAAGAUGACCUCUGCCAUUGCCCGCUGGCACAGCAGUGCCCGGCCACCCAGCGAUGCUCUGGAGCUGGCGUAUGCCGACCGGCUAGAAGCUGAGAUGCAGGAGCUGGCCAUCCAGCUGCACAAACGCUGUGAGGAGGUGGAGGCCAUGCGAGGCCAAGUGUCGCAGGAGCAGGAGCUGCGAGCGGUGGUGGAGAGCUGCCUCCUGGAGCAGGACGGUGCCCGGAAGGACGUGUACGCCCAGCUGCAGGAGACCUGGGCCCUGGCCCGGGACGCUGCGCUCGUCUUGGACCAGCUGCGAGCUUGUCAAGCCGAGUUGUCAGCCAGAGUGAAGCAGGAAGAGUCCACCCGAGGGCUCCCCCAGGGCCCGGCCCUCCCCACGGCUGAUUCCAAAGGCUGGCAGGCUUCCCUGCAGGCUCUGAGCCUCCCCGAGCUUUCCGGAGCACUGGAGGAUCGAGUCCAGGAAAUGGGGCGAGUGCUAUGCUCAGUGACCCAGAGCUUGGAGAAGCUGCAAGUGCUGAACGGGAAGGAGAACUGGCGGGAGCCUUAGCUGGGAGGGACGGUGAGUGUCCGCCAGCCCAGGACCCAGGCCGGAGAGCAGGGUGUACCGGGCAGCAGCGAGUGCCCACUUCAGUCUUCCCUGUCCCUUCUCAGAAUCUGACGUUGGGUGACUGAUCCACCCUGAAGCUGUGUGCCUGGAAGACAGGAGGGCAGUGAGCAAGUGGCUGCAGCAGGCCGGGCCCGAGCGGGGGCCAGAGGAUCAGGCCCCCGGAGCAGCUGGCAGAGGCAGGACAGGGCAGUGAGGCCCACGCAGAGGCAGGACGAGGGCCUCUCGCCCAGAAGCGGGGGGGUCAGGCCCAGAGCAGGCAGGGCCACGGGGAGACAGCGGGCCCCCAUACACCGCAGGCGCCACACUGAAAGGACUGGGCGCCUGGGUAGCGGAUGUCAUUGCUGGAAAAUAAAAUUUAAGAUCUGCUGGUGA